UCAAUACCAGGCAAUUCGGGAAGGGCUAACUACGGGCUGGAGGCUGCAGCUGCUGGUGGAAUUGAAGCCAGGAGAGCCAGUGCCAGAAGACUGCCCAGCCGGGCUCCGGCUCAACUCAGGGGGACACUAAACUGUCCUGUAAGCCGCUCAUUUGCUCCAGCAGGUUCUGGUUGCCCCAUCACCCGGGCUCUAUGCAAGGAUCACAUCUGGCUGAUGUCUAUUUAGUCUGAACGAGGCAGGCUAUUGAAGUGCGAGCUCUGAAGGGUUAACAUGCUCGGAAGAUUAGAACAACGCACGAUGCGGGAUCGGGUGCAAUUGGCAUUUGCCUGCACAUGACCUGCCAAGCUCCGGGUGACAAGAACCUGGGCUUCUAAUGAGUUUCCCACAGUCUGGGAUCUGAACCUCACUGCUGCGCUGCGUCUCCUGCUGGGGCUGCCCACUUGCACGGAUCACAGCUGCUGCGGGCUGCCCGGAUCCUCCCACUGGAGCCCAGAAACCUCUGAUGGAAGCAUUUUUCAGCAGCAUGGCCCUCCGGCGGCUGGAAGAGGCGCUCUCCAGCAUCCCGCCGCUGCAGAGCGCCCUGCUGCUGCUCCUCUCCCUGCUCGCCGCCAUCCACCUGCGGCAGCUCCUCCUGCGGCAGCGGCGCCUGGAGCCCCCGGGCCCUUUCCCGUGGCCCCUGAUCGGCAACGCGGCUCAGCUGGGCAGCGCCCCGCACCUCACCUUCGCCCGCCUGGCCCGCACCUACGGCGACGUGUUCCAGUUGCGCCUGGGCAGCCGGCCCGUGGUGGUGCUGAACGGCGAGCGCGCCAUCCGCGGGGCGCUCAUCCGCCAGGGGGCCGCCUUCGCCGGCCGGCCGCGCUUCCCCUCCUUCCAGCUGGUGUCCGGGGGCCGCAGCCUGGCCUUCGGCGGCUACUCCGAGCUGUGGAAGCUGCAGCGCCGGCUGGCGCACUCCACCGUGCGGGCCUUCUCCACCGGCAGCCCGGCCCCGCGCCGCCUGCUGGAGCAGCACCUGCUGGGCGAGGCGCGGGCGCUGGUGGCGCUGCUGGUGCGGGGCAGCGCGGGCGGCGCCUUCCUGGACCCCGGGCGCAGCCUGGUGGUGGCCGUGGCCAACGUGAUGAGCGCCCUGUGCUUCGGCCGCCGCUACAGCCACAGCGACGCCGAGUUCCUGCGCCUGGUGGGCCGCAACGAGCAGUUCGGCCGCACGGUGGGGGCCGGCAGCCUGGUGGACGCGCUGCCCUGGCUCCAGCGCUUCCCCAACCCGGUGCGCGCCGCCUACCGCGCCUUCCGCCAGCUCAACCGCGACUUCUACAGCUUCGUGCGGGGCAAGUUCCUGCAGCACCGCCGCAGCCUGCGCCCCGGGGCCGCCCCCCGCGACAUGCUGGACGCCUUCAUCCGCCUCCAGCAGGCGCAGCCCCGGCUGCCGCUAGAGCACGUGCCCGCCACCGUCACCGACAUCUUCGGGGCCAGCCAGGACACCCUCUCCACCGCCCUGCAGUGGCUCAUCAUCUUCCUCAUCCGAUAUCCAAAGGUGCAGGUUAAAAUGCAAGAAGAAGUGGAUAGGAUUGUUGGCAGAGAUCGCUUGCCCUGUGCAGAAGAUCAACCUCAUUUGCCCUAUGUUAUGGCUUUCCUUUAUGAAUCCAUGCGUUUCAGCAGUUUUGUGCCAGUCACUAUUCCACAUGCCACCACAGUCGACACCUCCAUAAUGGGCUACUUCAUUCCCAAAGACACAGUCAUAUUCAUCAAUCAGUGGUCAGUGAAUCAUGACCCAGAAAAAUGGUCCAACCCAGAGGAUUUUGAGCCAACAAGAUUCCUGGAUGAGAAUGGAUUCAUUAACAAAGAUCUUACUAGCAAUGUGAUGAUUUUCUCAUUGGGUAAACGUAGGUGCAUUGGAGAGGAGUUAUCCAAGAUGCAGCUCUUUCUCUUUACCUCCAUACUGGUACACCAGUGCAAUUUUAUUGCUAAUCCAAAUGAGGACUCUAAAAUGGAAUUCACCUAUGGGUUGACCAUUAAACCUAAGCCAUUUACAGUUAAUGUCACUCUUAGGGAGACUAUGGAUUUGCUAGAUAAAGCUGUCCAAAGAUUGCAAGCAGAGAAAACAGCUACUGAAAAUCAUCUAUCAGCAAAUCUGUGAACACUGACAUUUGAAUCAAAUAUAUAAGGAUGCUCCCGCCUCUCUCUUUUUUAGACUUAAAAUAAAGUAAAUAAUAAUAUGCAGCACUGGUGAGCUCUUUGUAAUAUACCAAGUACCACAAAACACUGGGGAGUGGAAUUGCCCAAGCAUUAAGCAGGUCCUCUUUUUUAAUUCGAGAG